AUGUGUCAUGAGGCGGAGGUCUCCGCGCCCGCGCUACGCGGCUUUGCCAAGGCACCGAUGAUGUCUGAGGAGGUCAACUCUGCAGGCGACAUGCAGGUGCAGGCGUCCGGCGGGCUGAGCGUCCUGCGGCAGCAGGCGCAGAUCGAGCUGGCAGAGGCGGCGGCGGACGCGGCGGAGGCGGAGACGCUGGCCGCACAGGAGCUGCGGCGGGCGGACGUGGCCACCAAGGAAGCCAAGGCGCUCUCGCAGGCCUUGGCGCAGAGUUCGCCGGAGGAGUUGGCUCAGGCGCUGCAGGCCGGAGACCGGACGCGGCACGCGCGGGUUUGCGCCAGCGCCGAAGCCGAAGCCGGCGCCGGCGACGAGGCCGGCGCCGCAGGCGCCGUCACUGCCAGCGCAGUCGGGAGGUCAGGGCUCAUGGGCUCCAUGAUGUCUGGCAUGGCCACUGGCACCGGGUUCUCCCUGGGGAACCGGGCAGCGGAGGCCGUCUUCGGGCCGCGGCAGGCGGAGGCGACGUGGCGAGCCGCGCUGGUGGGAGAGGGUUUUGAGUUAUUGGAGGGGACUGGGGAAAAAAGAAAAGCGGUUCCUGCGGUUCCGGACUUGCAUUUGAAAUAA